CGUUUUCAGUCAAUCAUAAUCUUCCUCAACCGGUAAAAUGAGCAUCCAAACAUAUGUUUCUUAACUGCGCCUUAAUUUAGCUCUUGCAUUUGCUCGGGCAACUGGAGUGCAUCUUCCAAUGUACCAAACUUCCAUCUCUUUAUAAAAACAGGGGGGUCCCGGUCACUGUUCAUCUUGCCAUUUCCACAUUCGAGUGGGUGGAGUCACUUUAUUUGAAAGCUUCACAGCUAGCUCUUUCACAAUACUGCUCCCAACUUAGAGAUGUUUACAUAUACCCCCAAACGCCCACGAGAGAAGGAGGAGCAGGAACCCGAGGGAAUCCCGAUUCAUGAAAAGAAGAAGCACCGCUCACUACCUCUACGUGUCUCUCCUCAUACAAUCAGCAGUGUGUCAUGCUCAAAACGUGAUCAGAUUGCGCCACGAGUUGGCGUGUCAACUUUGACCCCAGCGGAGUCCUCAGAGGAUGAUAAUGAUCAUGCCCAGCUUGAUGCAAACAUUGGCGAAUAUAUGUCAGAGCCAUGGGACCAAGAGGCCAAUUCAGUGCUUUCAGCUGCUCGGAUGAGCACGGAAAUGGAUGUCGACAACUGCAACGAUCUCGGUGUAGGCUUGAUUGACGAGAGCUGCAACGACCGCUCACAACAAUCACCGAUUCCCCCUAGCGUUGUAUACCGCUCGCUCACCAUAAGCGAGCAACAGACGUUACAUCUCGCGCAUGAAACGUAUCCCUUUGCAAUUUAUAACACAGAGCCUUUGAUACCUCAAAGUAGCACAUAUAGCGGACGUCGCGAUGCGCUGGAUGACCUCUACAAUGACCGCAAUACAGCUUGGUGGCGCGAUCAGCGUCUCCCGAGCCCAGUCAGUGAUGGCGAUGCCAUGAUGAUCAAUAGCAAAGAUUCUGUCAGCGAUGCGGAGAUGACAUAUACCGCAUCGCGCCCGGCGUCCCCCCCUUUGGGAAUGACAGGUGCUAUGCUCACAAACAUGCGCGAUCUAGAUCCCUCGCGAGGGUUCAUGACAGCGGCUGGAACCAGCUCAAAAAAGGUCGCAUUCUCUAUGGGCUAUCGUUCCGAUUGUGACAAAUGUCGCCGUAAGGUCCCAGGCCACUACAGCCAUAUUAUACGCAGUUGAUUUGGGAUGAUAUUCUUCGGUCAACGCUGCGUUCAAUGACCACAGUUUGACGCGUGCGGGUUGCGGUGGGUAGGGACCAACAGGCUGCAGCUGUACUUAUGAUAUCAAUCGUCAGGCGUCAGAGGGCCAACCUAACUUGCGGUUUCAUGCAGAGUGUUACUACCAUGGAUUUCAGUAACUAUAUGUUAAACUUGACCUACUGUACUUACUACGCACGGACGUUCUCUUCCGACUCCAUGUUCCGAUGACGCUGACAUAAUCAUCCGUAUCCGACGAACGGAAG